GAUGGCAGGGAAAGGAAGUGAGAGAUAGAGACAGACACAGUGAGAGUGAGUGAGAGACAGAGUGAGUGAGGCAGUGAGAAAGGAAUAUCACUGUACUCAGUAAUCGUCAGGAAGAGUUUGUUGGAGCAGCACGACACAGUGCGCCUUGAAAAAUUUGGGAAGUUUCCAAAAAGGAUCCUUUAUAAACUCGUCACCUUAAUGUCGGGACUGCUGAAUAUUGCCCCACCGAUGCUAUGGUUACCUUUAUCACGGUGUUACAGGUGAAUCUAGUGAUGUCAAUCCUUAUGUACGUGAUAUUCCUCACGUACCUCUACUGCGUCUCUAUAACUGCCAUGAACAAGCAGCGUCCCACGCAGGACCCCAUCAACACACUCAUUGUCAAGCUGCUGCAGGCUGACAUAAGCCGCAGCCGACAGCGGCAAGAUGAGGGGAACCAGAACACACCCAUGCUCACUUCUCUCAAUGCACCUACAGAUACCGAAUACCCCCAGAACAUCAGCCCAUCUGCCUAUCAGUCUAAGAGGGCUAUGGCUGAUGAGCUGUUGAGGCAGCACAAGCGCUACAACUCACCGCGAGUGUUACUGAGUGAGAGGCCACCCCUGCAACCCCCACCACUAUACCUCAUGGAUGACUUUGAGGGUGCUCGGGAGACUCAGAGCACCAAUAAGACGCGCCAGAAGCGUUAUGCCGAGCACAAGAGCUACCGUGGUGAGUACUCAGUAUGUGACAGCAAGAGCCAUUGGGUGACAGACAAGACCAUGGCGGUGGACAUCCAUGGCAACGAGGUUUCGGUGCUUACAGAGGUCAAGAUACAACAAUUGACUAUGAAGCAAUACUUUUACGAGACAACCUGCCAGAACAGCAAGCCAAUUAAGAGUGGCUGCCGAGGCAUAGAUGACAAGCACUGGAACUCUCAGUGCAAAACCUCACAGACGUACGUACGUGCCCUCACCAAGUACAACAACAAGACGAACUGGAGCUGGAUACGGAUAAACACCUCAUGCGUUUGCGCACUUUCACGCAAACACCGCAGGACGUAAAAAUAAAGAAAACUAAUCCAUUGUCUUUCUGUUUUACCCUGGGAGGUUGUAAAUAUGAUUAUAAAUUAUUAUUUAAGUUAUAUGAAAUAAAUGUAGUCUAUACAUGUUUAUAUGAUGUAUAAAUAUAUUUGUGUUAUUUAUUUAAGUUGCUAUCUAAGCAUAUUCUAAAAAGAGAGACAUGGAUGGACUUAAGAUGACUUAAGACAUACAAUGCCACUAAGCUAAAAGGGUAUGUAAAACUAUGUGCCUUGCUUAAACAUCUUCACCAACAGUCAGAGGACAUAUCACUCCUUUGGACCUAAAUCCUGGGAUCAGCUGCAAUUGAAGUAUAAACUUUAAUGUUUAAAGGUUUUAUGCUCAGAAAAGGGUACAUUCAACAAUCACAUCCUCAUCACUCAUCGACAGUAUUGUUCCAGUCUAUGCUACUGAUAUUGUGCUGUCAGUAUGUCUGGGAAAAAGAAGUCAUAGUUCAGAUGAUCUCAUUCACUUUGAAUAAAUAUGCCACAGAGCAUAUGAGAUAUAUGUGUAUCGCAAAAUGCAUGGAAUAAUUAAGAAAUAUAUAUUUUUGUAUAACUCAUCUACAUGUGCACAGAAUGCAAUGCAUAUGGGUGUACUGGUCAUACAAACCUAUGUACAGAAAAAAAAAAUUGUUAACAGCAAAUAUCUGAAACAUUGCACCCCUGAAGAUUAACAGUACAGCAAUGAACCCAAGAAGUGGAGUCCAAUAUUUCUCAUAUACUUGUAGGGAGUCUAUUUAAAAGGUGGAUAUAUGUGAAACUAUAUCAAUGAUUGAUAUAUUGCCUCUGAUCACAAUAAUAAUACAAUCAUUGUUCAACCUUUCACAUUCCUUUACCACAUAAAACCUAGUUUACCAGAGACUAAGCCUCUGACACAGUUCACUCCAGAGCACAGUUGCUCUGUUGUCAAUGAUAUACUGCUGCCAAUGGUUCAAUUUCUGCUAUAACUAUAGCAGCAAGCCACUAAAAAUUGCCACUAAACUAGCUGUUAUUAAUGACAAAAUUACCCAGAGGAGUAAAGCUGUACUAAGUUAGUGUACAUACUGGGAUUUGAAUACCAUUGAAAGGGUUUGCCUUUCUUGGGGUUAUUUUAAGGAAAACAAGAAAACUUGCUGAUUUCUCUCCCUUUUUGGUAGGUGACACAUUAAAUAUGUCGAAGCAGUCUCUUGAUACCAGUAGGGUUUCGUUCUUAGUACCUUACCAUCACCUCUGAGACAAAUGGGUUUUUUUUCCCAACAGUUUUUCUUGUUUCUCUUUGCUAUGCUGUUACAUAGUUUUUAUAUAUAUAAAAAAUGAUAAAAAAUUGUCUAUCUUUUAUUUUACAAGGUCAUCUGAUUACCAAAAAGUUUCUCUUUGGAACUGGGUAUAUUAAUAUAAAACUGGUUGCAAUAGCUUAAAUUACUUGUCUGUCCUGUCCUAACCUAUGACUGUUCACUCUAUACCUCAAAUAAGCAUAUACAAUCACAACAGAUGUCUUUUUAAUCAAGUCCUAAAAGCUUGAUCCAGUUUGAAUCAUGCUGUGGUUGUUACGACCAACAGGUUGUACAUUGGGGAACCAUUUAUGAAACAAACUGUUUGAAUCCCAGGCUUGUUUUUUUUCUUUAACUACACAUAAAUAAAAGAUCUCGUGCCCUUUAAAAGAAAGGGUCCAUUUUACAACAAAUAGUUCCUACAUCUAGGCGAUGUACAACCUAGAAUUUAAGACUUCCAGAUGUUACCUUUUUUAAUAUACCCCUGGCUCUUUUAGAGGAUAUACAGACAGGUUGCCACCAUGUUAUCAUCCUGAACACCAGUUCCACAUGUGCAUAACGAGAUAAUUACGAUAGUAUCCCAGUCAGACUAUAUACACUUCAAUAUGUUGUUGUUUCUCAUUGGACAUUUUGUAUUUGUAUUUUUAUUUUCGAUUAUUAGAGAAAAAGUGUCCAAAAAUAUUUUGCAUUUAUGAGGACUUGAGUGACAGUAAAAGAGCAAGAAGCUGGUGCUUUACAGCACAGGGGUCAGCUAUGCUUAAACAGGUCCAUCUUGGUUUCUCAGGUGACUGUAAUAACAGUCCCAAAACAUCCCAUAGGGUCAUGGAAGAGACCCUUUACCCUAUAAAGCCAUUUGAAAAAGUACUACUGCAGUGUCCUAUAAAUUUUUAAAGGUUUUUAAGGAUGUUUCAGAGAAAGGUCUUCAUCAGCUACGCAUGCAAAGUGCUUGGA